AUGUCGACAUCAUCAUUGGUAGAGUCUCUCGUUCUUCAACUCCAUGAGAUCUCAGCUGUCAAAUUUGGCAACUUCAAGCUCAAAUCUGGCAUCUUUUCACCAAUCUACAUAGACCUCCGCCUCAUCAUAUCUUACCCUUCUCUCCUCCAGCAAAUCUCUCAAACCCUUAUCUCCUCAGUCUCUUCCACUUCCUUUGAUCUUGUAUGUGGUGUCCCCUACACUGCCUUACCAAUUGCUACAUGUGUCUCCCUUGCCCAAAACAUUCCCAUGGUCAUGCGCAGGAAGGAAAUCAAAGAUUAUGGCACUGCUAAAGCUAUUGAAGGUGAUUUCAAGCCUGGCCAGAGUUGCUUGAUCAUUGAGGAUUUGGUUACAAGUGGCACAUCAGUUUUGGAAACGGCAGCACCACUGCGUGCUUCAGGGUUGAAGAUCAGUGAUGCCGUUGUCUUGAUUGAUAGAGAGCAAGGGGGGAGAGAAAAUUUGGAGGAGAAUGGCAUCAAGCUGCAUGCAAUUAUUAAAUUGACUGAUAUGGUGAAAAUUUUGAGCAAUCAUGGGAAACUUAACGAGGAAAUGGCAGGGGUUGUUAUGAAAUUCUUAGAGGAGAAUCGGAAGGUUACAGCUUUGGCAAAGGUGGAAAAGCCUGCAACAAGGAUCAAGGCUUUGCCACUUGAGGAGAGGGCUAGGCUCUCAAAGAAUCCAAUGGGAAAGAGGUUGUUUGAGAUAAUGGCUGAGAAGGCCAGUAAUUUGUGUCUGGCUGCCGAUGUUGGAACUGCAGCUGAAUUGCUUGAACUUGCUGAGAAGGUUGGACCUGAGAUAUGCCUACUGAAGACUCAUGUGGAUAUUUUUCCAGAUUUUACUCCUGAUUUUGGCUCAAAGCUUCUGUCGAUUGCUGAAAAGCAUAACUUCUUAAUCUUUGAGGAUCGUAAAUUUGCUGAUAUUGGUAACACAGUGACCAUGCAAUACGCGGGAGGGAUCUUUCACAUAUUGGAUUGGGCUCAUAUAGUAAAUGCUCACAUAAUCUCAGGUCCUGGAAUUGUUGAUGGAUUAAAAUUGAAGGGUUUACCUCGUGGCAGGGGUUUAUUACUGCUUGCUGAAAUGAGUUCAGCUGGUAACCUUGCCAAGGGAGAUUAUACCGCAGCUGCAGUAAAAAUUGCUGAGGAUCAUUCUGACUUUGUAAUUGGCUUCAUCUCAGUCAAUCCUGCAUCAUGGCCAGGGGCACCUAUAAAUCCCUCUUUCAUUCAGGCAACCCCUGGAGUUCAAAUGGUAACUGGUGGUGAUGCUUUAGGGCAGCAAUAUAACACUCCAUAUUCUGUGGUUCAUGAUAGGGGGAGUGACAUCAUCAUUGUGGGACGUGGCAUCAUCAAAGCAACAAACCCUGCUGAGGCAGCUCGUGAAUACCGUGUUGAAGGGUGGAAAGCAUAUUCGGCUAAGUCUACUUGA